UCAGAGGGUGGGGACAGUGAGGAGCAACAUGUUGUGUCAGGAGACGUAAGCAGAGGGAUGGCACAGUGACAAGCAAACUCAACCAGGGGGGAUGUCUGUGCACUGGAGCUAAGCACUGGAUAUCUCGACUGAUGUUCACCAUGUUACAGGAGAUGAAAGAGCCGGAUAAUGCAGAAGUAGCCGGGUGUGUGCGUGGUGGGGCAGAAUGAGUGCUGCUGGGACAUGGACAUGCCAGUAGAGGACAGGGACAGCUGUGGCAUUCCCUGGGCGAGACACUGACGCAGUGGGAGGGACGUUUGGGUUCCUCUCGCCUUUCCAGCCCCAGCUUAACCAUGAGAGUGGUCCUCCUGGCCUUUAGACUGAUGUGCUUGGCCUGGUUGUGGCCUGUCACCCAGCUCAACAGCAGCAACUUCCCGAACAAGAGGAGACACAAGGAGCUGUACGUCGGAGAGAACACCAAACAAAAACAUGGAGGACGGGUGGAUCUUAAAUUGAAAAAGAUGGACAGCACCAAGUCUAUGCUAAUUAAAUCUGAGCAGCUGCUUCGGAUUGAAGAUCAUGACUUUGCAAUGAGGCCGGGCUUUGGAGGUUCAGCUAUUCCUGUUGGCAUCGACGUCCAGGUGGAGAGCAUUGACAGCAUAUCAGAAGUAAACAUGGACUUCACCAUGACUUUGUACCUGAGGCAUUACUGGCAGGACGAUCGCCUGGCCUUCCCUUCCAGCAGCAACAAGAGUCGUACCUUUGAUGCACGUCUCGUGAAGAAGAUUUGGGUUCCUGAUGUGUUCUUUGUCCACUCUAAGCGUUCUUUUAUCCAUGACACAACCAUGGAGAACAUCAUGCUGAGGGUUUAUCCUGAUGGCAAUAUCCUCUAUAGUGUCAGGAUCACUGUGACUGCACUUUGCUCAAUGGACUUCAGUAGUUUCCCCCUGGACACACAGAAUUGCUCUCUGGAGCUAGAGAGCUAUGCUUACAAUGAGAACGACCUAAUGCUCUACUGGAAGAACGGGAACGAUUCAUUAAGGACUGACGAGAUCGUGCUCUCUCAGUUUUUUAUUGAAGACUUCCAGCCUUCCUUUGGGCUUGCCUUCUACAGCAGUACUGGUUGGUACAAUCGGCUCUACAUAAACUUCAUUCUCAGGAGGCAUAUCUUCUUCUUCAUGCUUCAGACUUAUUUUCCCACCAUGCUGAUGGUGAUGCUAUCUUGGGUGUCUUUCUGGAUAGACCGGAGGGCUGUACCUGCCCGUGUCUCUCUGGGCAUCACCACCGUUCUGACAAUGUCCACCAUCAUCACCGGUGUCUCAGCCUCUAUGCCACAGGUGUCUUACGUCAAAGCCGUAGACAUCUACUUGUGGGCAAGCUUCCUGUUUGUCUUCCUGUCUGUCAUCGAGUACGCUGCUGUCAACUAUUUCACCACAGUGGAGGAGAUGAAGAAGCUCAGGAGUGCAAAGAUCCCCAACUACAAUGCCAGCCAGGCUAUGGCUUUCGACGGCUGUUUCCAUGACAACGAAAUUGACCUGACUUCUUUUCCAGAGGUCUCCAGCACCCCAAACACAGAGAGGAACACCCAGUCUCGAAACUCUAAUGCCUCUGCACCCACGGAAGGCACCAGGCUACGCCGCAAGCACCCUUUAAGACAAAACCUCAGCUUCAUAAUGAGCAACAGCUACAUGAUCGACUCCUACUCCAGAGUCAUAUUUCCCCUGGCUUACCUGCUCUUCAACAUAAUUUACUGGAGUAUGUAUGCAUAGUACAUUAACUGUGCAGCAGAAUAAACAGGAUUCACCAUUAUACAGUGUAACACCAACAGGCUGCAAAUACGCUCAAGUUUGCACAGCGUCUGCUAGAUAUCUUGCAUGAUGUCUUCUACUCAAGAGGUUUUCAGUUGUAACUUGGAAUAAAAAAAUCCGAGAUCAGCUGUUGCGUUGAAUGGCUGCAAUUUUUGCAGAUGUUUAUGUGUGUUUUUGGCAUGCCUGUUUUAUAAGAAAAAGUUUUAAACAAACAAAUAUAUUUACAUUUUUAGGAUUUUAUUUUAUUGCUUGAUUAGAAACAAAACAUUCAAUUGUAUAAUUACUGUACAACGUCUUGAAAAAUAAAUGUAUGCUCUUAAAA